AAGUCAGAUGGGCAGUUUCAGUCUUUACUGUGUAUUAAUCUGGGAUUUGACAUGUUUUUCUGAUUUUACAGACGGAGCAAUGGAGCAGAUGCUGUUUCUCAUCUUCAUCAGCUGGGGAUUAUUCUGGGUUAAAGGUUUGUCCUCCGCUGUUGUUUUGUUCGUGAAUCAGUCGAAGACGUUUGACGAGGCUCUGCGAAUCUGCAGAGAUGAAUACAUUGACCUGGUGAGUCUGUGGGAUCAGUCAGACAUGGAUGCUCUUUUCACUCUGAAAGACUUCACCUUCACUGAAACCGCCUGGAUCGGCCUGAGGAAGAGCCGUCGUGAGCAGUGGCUCUGGUCUCUGUCUGAUCCACGCCUUUAUAAAGCAGGAGAAACUGAGUACACUAACUGGGGUCCGCGAGAGCCCACGAACACCGCUGGAGAAUUCUGCUCUGUGAUGGAUAGCCUGGGGAAUAUUCGAGACACGCCCUGCCUGACCCCCAGGAGCUUCAUCUGCUAUAACGAUCAGGGGAGUAGCUCAGACAAAUACGUCUUCGUCAGUUCUCCUAAAGCCUGGAGAGACGCUCAGAGUCACUGUAGAAGCUUUUACACUGAUCUGGUGAGCGUCAGGAACCUGCAGGAGAACCAGCAGAUCCAGUCGCUGGUGCCGGCGGGGGGCGUCUCGUACAUCGGCUACUUUAAAGAUGACUUCGCCUGGUCCGACAGCAGCACGUCUUCAUACAGAAACUGGGACCACGGUCAGCCCGACGGCUCUGGAAUCUGUGCGGUGCUGCAGUUUCAUAAUCACAUGUGGAAUGAUCUGACCUGCACUGACCCCAGAGGAUUCUUCUGCUCGGCCGAUGCAGUGUUGACUCAGACAGUGCGUCUGCAGCUGAAGGCUCUGCGUGUGGAGGAUCUGCAGCUGUCACUCCUGCAGCAGAUCAGGCAGACGCUGGUGUCUGGAGGCCUGUCAGAGUAUGCAGAUGUGCAGUGGAGGAAGCAGCAGGACGGAAACAUCUUCCAGAGGACAGAAGACCUGAAGACAGACGCUCAGAAUACAGGAAAACAGUCAAAUACAGUCUGUGGGGAUGGAGGACAGCACUGAUGGAGGAGCGGAGAACACUGAGUCUGUUCACCUAGACCAGGGGUGCCCAAUCUCAGUCCUGGAGGGCCGGUGUCCUGCACGGUUUAGCUCCAGCUUGCUUUGACACACCUGCCUGGAAGUUUCUAGUAUACAUAUGAAGAAUUUGAUCAGCUGGUUUAGGGGCUGUUUCAUUAAAGUCGUUUAGAAAACGGGGAUUAAAGUCAAAAACCUGACAUCGAUGAGCUUAUAUUUGUAAUAUGAGAUUAAUUCCUCUAGAAUAUUGCAAGUCUUCUUCGCUUUUUUAUUAACGAUCAUCUCCAAACUUGUGCAGUUCUGCUUAGUCUCCUGAAACAAGUGAACAAAGUUUGACGUUGAUCCAGUCCAUUUGUUAUGCAUAUGAAACUUUGCCAUAAUAAUAUUGACGUAAUAAAUGCAAACAU